GCGAGGCCCUGUCGCCGCCGCGGUCGGGAGGCGCCGCCGUUACCGCCGCCGUUACCGCCGCGGGGCGCGGGGCGCGGGGCCGCCCUCUCGCCCGUCACAGGCGGCCCGGCCGGCUCGGCGCGGCGGCCAGCGCGGGGCUGAUGGCGGAGUUCUAGGUCAAAUUAUUAGUUCUGUGACAAGACAACAUGACACUUUGAGUAUGACAGAAGCCCUGAUGCUGCAGCAGAGGCUGGAAAUAUUAAUGGCCAAAUCUAGAGAUCACAUGGUCUUCUAAAGAAGUCAUGGGUAGCUGUUGUAGCUGUCCAGAUAAAGAAACUGUCCCAGAUAACCAUCGAAACAAGUUUAAGGUUAUUAAUGUGGAUGAUGAUGGUAAUGAACUGGGUUCUGGCAUAAUGGAACUUACAGACACAGAACUAAUUUUGUACACGCGUAAAAGGGACUCUGUAAAAUGGCACUACCUCUGUCUCCGUCGCUAUGGCUAUGACUCGAAUCUUUUCUCUUUUGAAAGUGGCCGAAGGUGUCAAACUGGACAAGGAAUCUUUGCCUUUAAAUGUGCCCGUGCAGAAGAGCUGUUUAAUAUGCUGCAAGAGAUAAUGCAGAAUAAUAGCAUAAAUGUGGUAGAAGAGCCAGUAGUAGAAAGGAAUAAUCAUCAAACUGAGUUGGAAGCUCCAAGAACUCCUCGAACGCCUACCACUCCUGGGUUCAAUACACAAAGUUUACCUAAUGGCUAUCCCAGAUAUCCAUCUUUUGGAGAUGCUUCAUCACAUCCUUCCAGCAGACAUCCUUCUGUCGGAAGUGCACGCCUCCCCUCUGUCGGUGAAGAAUCAACACAUCCGUUACUUGUAGCAGAGGAGCAAGUGCACACUUAUGUCAACACUACUGGAGUACAAGAGGAAAGAAAAAAUCGAUCAAGUGUGCAUGUGCCACUGGAAUCAAAGCUUUCAAACACUGAAACAACUAAAGUGAAAGAAGAUCAGAUGUGUACUGAUGACAGAGAUGCUCAGGUUCUCCUGGAGCCUGAAGGAGUCAAGUUUGUUUUAGGACCAACACCUGUUCAAAGGCAGUUAAUGGAAAGAGAGAAACUGGAGCAACUUGGGAGAGACCAAGUUACCGGCAGCAGCACAAACAACACUGAAUGGGACACUGGGUACGACAGUGAUGAACGUAGAGAAACACCAUCUGGUAAUAAAUUGGUGUAUGAAAAUAUAAAUAGGUUAUCAAUCCCUAGUGCCUCAGGGGUCAGGAGAGGUCGUUUGACAUCAAUCAGUACCUCAGAUACCCAGAACAUUAACAACUCUGCUCAGAGGAGAACUGCGCUGUUGAACUAUGAGAACUUGCCAUCCUUGCCUCCUGUUUGGGAAGCCCACAAGCUGAGUAGAGAUGAAGAUGACAGUUUAGGACCAAAGACCCCAUCUCUGAAUGGCUACCACAAUAACCUAGAUCCAAUGCAUAAUUAUGUCAAUACAGAGAAUGUAACGGUACCAGCAAGUGCUCAUAAAGUAGAAUUUACACGACGUCGGGACUGUACCCCAACAGUCUUUAACUUUGACAUUAGGCGUCCAAGUUUAGAACACAGGCAGCUCAACUAUAUACAGGUUGACUUGGAAGGUGGUAGUGACUCCGACAACCCUCAGACUCCAAAAACCCCCACCACUCCACUUCCGCAAACUCCAACCAGGCGCACAGAGCUGUAUGCUGUGAUAGACAUCGAAAGAACUGCUGCUAUGUCAAGUUUGCAAAAAGCACUGCCCCGAGAUGAUGGUACUUCUAGGAAAACUAGACAUAACAGUACAGACGUGCCUAUGUGAGCCUGGGAAGCAUUAAAUCAUUUGCACCUUUUGUGAAGUUUAUAAAAUUGAAGAUGCAAAUACCUUGCAUUUCUUAACACUAACGCCUUUUAUAGACUAAUAGAAAUUUUUCUGCAUACUUCAUGUACUUGUCUAACUAAAGGGAAUUAAUGUAGAGCAAGUAUUCAUUUAGGUAACACUUUCAUUCUACAGUAGUAGUCAUUACUGCAUAGCAGCAUCACCACCUUUCACAGUGCCUCUUUAAAUUGAUUAGAGUCUGAGUGAUAUGCCAGUGUUGAAUUUAUAAAUAUUCUGGUCUGGUGCCUAUACUCAUUGAUGGCAUUUAUAACACUUUUUAAAGCCUCUUGAUAUGUGCAUUAUUAGCAGGUAAACCUAAUCUUUCAAGAUUCCUAUCUUAUGUUUAUUCCUCGUUGAAGUGGCUCCUCCAGAAUGAAAUGUAUGUAAUGCAUUAAUUCACUCAGUUUGACAUACACAAGAUAUCUUGGUUCAUCUCAAAAGAUAUAACCACCACACGUUUUUUUGUCUGUUUGGGGUUUUUUUAGGACCACAUGGGCAAGAAGGCCUUUGAUUCCUAAUAGUUUUCUUAACUUGUGUGAUGUUUAAGAGGUCACAUCGAAGUUUGUUAUCAGAGCUAUAAACACAUCUAAACCCAGCCUUAAGCUGCUUCCACUGGAAAUGAAUUCCAAGUGGCAUAUCAAUUCCCUGUGAAACCUGACAGAAUUUUAAUCUCAUUAGAGUUGUGGGGGUUUUUUUUGUGAAGGAAUUCACAGGUUGGCUGUAUGAAUUAAGGCUCUCUUGUCAUUUCUUAGUUCAGUGUGCCUUCCUUUCUUUGCAUUUGUGUGUUUCUUUUUUAUCUGUUCCAUAAUGUCUUGUUUUAAAAGUCAGAAUUUUGUACAUAGCUUUAAUUAUUGUUCAGGGUCAUUUAUGUGUUUGUCUUACUCUCUGCAUUUGACAAAAGAAAGACUCCUGAAGGUCAAAUGCUUGUCUUUGUUCAGUGUUCUAUUUUUUUAGGCCUGACAGAAAUAUCCCAGCUCUCCAGCAGCAUGCAUUAUUGCACAACUGGAAAGGUUUAGUCUGCAGUUACUGUCUUCCUCUAAAGCAUCAGACACAGGUUACACGGGAGGCAGGGUACUGGUUCUUUAUUGAAAAUUGUACAUUCUAGCAAUGUGCAUCCAUAGUGGACAGGAUAAUUUAGAAAGAUACGUAUUUAAUUAUCUGAAGCUAGUGUUAUCUACAAGCAUACUUCUUUUCCUUUUGCAGUUGGUGAACUUGGUUACAAUGAUGGCUGCUCAGUGUUACAGGUACACGCAGGCAGAAUGUUGUUUGUUGAAUAUGCCAGAUGCACCCUUGGCAGAAGUUUGGGGUUGUUUGGGGUUUUUUGUUUGUUUGUUUUUUGUUUUUUUAAAUACUCUGAAUAAUUUUAGAAUUCUGGCAGUAUUGCAAGUGCACCUUGGUACUAGCAGCAGAAGAGAUUACUCUUGAGCCUGUGAUUGCAAAGGAACUGACACUUGUGUGAACUGGUUUGAUGUGAAAUAACCCUUGAACUGUGAGUGAGGAAAAACAUGCAAGAAAAGCCAUUUGGAGAUCUGAAAAAGAAUUAGGGUCUUCAUGCAAUAUUUGAAGUUUUAAAAAAACAAACUACAGUUAUUCUCAGUCUUUUAAAUUGGAUUGUGUUCCUCUUUCUAUGUUAACUUCUUCAUUGGCCAUUUCACAGUUUCAUAGUGGUAACACCUGAAAUACAUGCAUCUUGCAGUAAGGGAUAUCAGGCAACCUUUUCACUCUGACUUUCAUUUCAGACUGUAUGGUACUGAAAUACCAGAUGCACAAAGAACAUCAUUUGCAGGAGUAAAAGAUGAGAGUCAUUGAGACCAUUAUGAGGAACCUAAAAAAACCUCUCAUUAAUCAUUUCACUGUCAACCUGUGCAUACUCUUGUGCUAGACCCGUUGACUUGUGGGGAAACCUUGGUACUCAUGAAGGUAAUGACUGUCUAGAGCUAGACAUUUUACAGGUCUGCGGUGUUAGUGUUCCUUCACAUCUUUGCUACUGCCUCACCUUACCAUAUGGACCAGUCUUGGUCUGUAUUGAAGAGAAACUGCCAGGUAUUGCAAAUACUUGCUGGGUUCAUGAUAAUGGUGUGAUUCUUGUUCUUAGCUUAUAGCUCAUUUAAAUUUGUGAACUGAACAAAUGCCUUCAGCAUGUGUUUUGAGGCAAACAUGUUUGAUCUAGCUAGCUGCCUAGAAAUAUUUGGUCCUUAUCUGUAGAAUAUGGGUGUUUCAGAAAUACUAAUUGAUUGGACCCUUACACCUGUGAGAGAGGGAAGUAAUAGUCUUAAUUGACAAAUAGGGAAAUGGAGGCUUCAGGUAGAUUCUAAGUGACCUGCCAAAAUUACAACCAGCCAUAUCUCUCCAUAGUUCCAGUGCACUGUCCUAUGUGUUUAUCCUGAAUAGUCUCAGAUACAAGGGGUAGUCUGAGUAAUUUUUUUAUGUUCUUGCAAGUUUCACAGUACUUCAUAGGGGGUGUUUUCUUAGCUUUGGUCCCCAGAAUUUAAAACAUAUAUUGAGAUGAUUUCAACUUUCUGUAGCCUUAAUUAUAUUAACAAGUCUGAUGACAUAUUUUCCAGAGCUAUUUCUUUUUUACACUUUACAGGUGGGAUAAUGCUUUCUCGUUUUGUGUAUGCUGCAAACAUACUGGGUAAGCCCUGUUACACAUGCUACUCAUCUAUAGCAUUCCUUAUUUUCUGCCCCUUGAAGUAGAUGUAGUUGCAAUGCACUUUACCCUUUGAGACUUGGUAAAUAUUUUUUCCAAUUCAGUCUCUUUAAAGGCUGUGAUGUUAGGUUUAAUGUCUGUAAUCUAGGAUUCAGUUUUCAGCUGAAAUGUCUCUACAACAUUUAUAUUGUAUUUAUUUUGGCCCACAGGUGUACAGAAUAAGAAACUACAAAUAUGUAACCAUUUUCUUUAUUUGAGACAUGAAGUUUACAUAAACUAGGUCCUGCAAAAAUGGCAGCAUUCAGUGAGUUCUACUUUUAAUUCAUAACAUGCAAUUGGCUGUUACACUUCAAGCACAUUUGACAAGGGAAAGCCUUGAACUGUAGAUAUUUCAUUAACACAAUGAUUUGGGAAAGACAUACAUCAGUGUAUCUUUUGAACAAGGAAACUGAGUUUAUAAAACAGAUGGAAUGGCGACCAAAAGUACAUAAUAAAGGUUGUACUAGAAUUAGAGUUCUUGAAAAUAGAAUCCAGUGUUUAUAUCAGCAAAAUGUUGUUUUUCUCAAAUUGAUGUCAAGAGGAGGACCAAUUUCUUUUUAAUUUUGUGGUGUUUCCUGGUGACUUUAUAAAACAACACAAAAAAGACCCUUCUGACAAGCUUAACUCUCUAAUUAGAACAUUUUUUGUUUCUCCUGGUAAGUACAUUUUGCCUAUGACAGGAGUUGAAUGUAAUCAAGUGCAUUGAAGCACUGUUCUUGUUCCUAUUAAAAUCUAUGGAACUUUUAUAGAAAUCUUAUGUUUUCAGAUAGACAUUUCAUAUCAUAAUCUGCUUGAUUUCCCAGAUGUUUGGGUAUUUGUAUGUGUGCUUACACCUCUGGCUAGGGCUUGGGUGUAAAAAGGGCCCCACAAGGGUGUGAGCUGUAUGAAGUCCAAAGCUAUGUCAAAACAAGGCUGCACUUUUGCAGGUGGCAGACCAGCAGUUGAUUUUGCUGGUUGUUUUUAACAGCGUAUAUUGGCUCAAAAUCUGACUAUCCUUGUUUUUGGUUCGUAUUUGACCACUUCUGAAUGAGACAGAGUCAGGAGAGUGCACUCGCUGUCAGUGAAGUGAAAAUGCAAGUUGUGAUUAAUGUCAGUUACUACUUUGAGCAUAUAAUGAUGUAUCUGAUCUGGAUCUCUAUUUCUAAGCAGUAUUUUCCUCUUCAUGUAAGGUGGGAUCAAUGGUGAAAUUCCGUUUCUGCACUGUACUAAUUUAUUUAAUGGCUGCAAAUAAGAUGAAGCUGAUUUAGUAGGAACUAAUAGUGGACUUAACUCUGAAAUUCUCCUAUUUCCCCUAAAGAAGUUGGAUUCUUGAGUUUGAUAGAAUUAGGUAUUAUUUUGAAUUUAAUUAUAAGACCUUUCCCAUCUUUUCCUUGAGGUAGCAAUUCAGGCAUUUAUAUUUGACAGUAUUUACUUAAUAUAAACAUAAGUUCAUUUAUGAUAUCUUUAUUUUAAAUUCAUAUACGCUCCAAAAAAGAAAAAAAAAAUCCACAAAAAACUGCGUUAAGAUGGAGUCAGGGUUGCUGAUGUCCUUCUUACAGAGCAUACACAAAAAAUAAAGGAAGUCUUGAGUUAAGGUUCUUUUGCAAUCUUUAGGAAUUACUUCCUCUUUUGGAUAACGUAAGUGAAUAAGAAAAAAACCAACAACUUAGCAGCUGUAACUCUGACCAUGUGUACAUUAUUUCUUGUGAUACUGUGCUGUAAGGUAUGUGACGAAGUCUGUUAAAUGUCUUAUGAGGAUAUUAUUCUAACACAGUGUUUACUCCAGAUUAACGCAGUAUUUUGUUUGGAAAUGUGUAGGUGUACAGAUAGAAUGCAAGAGAUAAAAUUACUUUAAAAGUUGAUGAAACAAGUGUCGGACAUUUCUAUAUUUUUUUAUAUAUUACAAAGGGCAUUUCAAAAUUUUUCUUGCAGUUUUAGUUAAUUAUUUAGUGCAGUAAUAUACAUAUAUUGUGACAACAUUUUCUGCUAUAUCCAUUACUUUGGUGUAAUUCUAUUUUAUGUAGCAAAAAUGUGUAUAUACAAAGAUUAUGUUAAAAAUAUGCUUAAGAAAUAGGCUUGAGCCCUUCAGAACAGGGCCCGUCUUCCUCUGUGUUUGCAAAGUAGAGGAUGCCCUGGGGUCCCCCGGGGCGAGCGAAUGGCCCAGCGAUGAGUCUGGAGGGGCAGCUCCUCUGCUCUGCAGGGGAAGCCUUGGAACAGAAGGUGCCCUCAGGCUGGCCUUGCCAGCACGGGCAUUCCCAACGCCACCUGCCAGCAACCCAGAGUCCAUGUGUCUUUUGGUCUAGUCCUUUUCCUUGGACAGUAGGAAAGGAAGUCUGAAGUAGGAGUUUUGAUGUCAUCAGGGAAUCUUCCUUGUUAGCAGGGUUAUCCUUCCGGAGCUUGUUUGGGCCUCAUGUAGCGUCCUUUGAAGCCAAACAAAUGAUUUGUGUUGGCCUUGAGGGACACUGGAUGUGUGCCUACAAGAUCAAGUUCUGCUGAUGUAACAGCUCUGUUACACCUGAGGAGCUGGUUGGUCAAGUUCUUCAGGAAUGGUCUAAAAAUACUGUAAAAAUAUAAAUAUAUUUAAUUACAUGUACUGAAAAAAAAAAAAUCCUAUUUGUUGUGGUCAGAGUUCAGAUUAUUAUGUGAAUUUUGAUUUCUUAGUCAUACUUGCAUAUAUAUUGCUUUAACUAUUAUGUAUGAAAGAGGAAGUGAUUCUAAAGUGUGUGAAAGAUCAGGAUUACACCUGUUUUUUAAUGGUUAUGUUAUUUAGGAAUGGAUGUCAGCAAGUUUAACUCCAUAUUAAUGCAGUUUUUUUGCAUUAGAAUAUAUGUGUAUAUAUCAUACACCCACAUUUUAUAUAUAAUAUAUUAUAUAUUUGGUACUAACUUUGUAUUUUCCCUGAAAUGUUGCCAAAUCUCCAGUACAGAUGUUCUCAUUUGUAAGACUUUGGUACUUCAGAACUGAAUGUAUAAGAGAUGCUCUGCUAGGACAGGAGAGUGUUGUACAGUGUCCCACAGUCCAGGUGCCCCAACCAGCGGGCACGUUGCCUUUUUCACAUCCCGCUUCCUUGCAGCUUCACCUUUUGUCUCCUGAAAACUAGUCUGUCUUUUAACUGAACUGCAGACCUGCUGUCACAGUACAGCUUAGUACCCAUCCAGUGUGAAAGCUGGCUGGUAGCAGUAAGAAUUCAGUAGUCACCAGUGUGCCACAAAUGCAUUUAUUAAAUGCAGAAAUAGACAUUUCUACAAAGGCCAAAAUCUUAUGUUGUAUGUUCUUUUCUUGUCAUUACGUUGUACGAUAUUGUAAGAUUAUUGUAUGUCCUAAUUUGCAUUAUGAAAUGUUUUUUCCUACUUAAAGGCAUAAAUAUAGCAACUUUGUAUAAAGGUAGCUUUCUAGAUUUUUAUUUCUUUUAUAUAAAAAGUCUAAACAGUGGGAGUACCAUUGCCAAAUUGUUUAUAAAAUUUCAAAUAAUUUGCCCUGUUCCAUGAAUUUGUUUUUACAAACAUUCCAUAUUUCUUGUAUGAAAAAAGUGAUAUUAUACUAUGCAGAAAGAGUGUAUUUUUAUGCCAUUCCAUGUUAAUUUUAAAAAAAACAAAACAAAACAACAAGCCAACAACAAAAACUUGUUUUAAGCUGUCAUUACUGAGAAAGCUUACCAAAUGUGCAUUUUAAAAAUGUAUUAUGUAUUAUGACAACAUUUUCCCCGUUCACCUGUGCCAACUUCAUUUGGAAAAAAAAAUAAAUUGUAGCAUGGCAAUAAACUAUUGAUUUUACAUUGAAAAA